AUGAAGUUCCAAUUGAUCCUAGUUGCUCUCUUUGGAGUGGCUUCCGCCCAGAAGGCAGCCGUCACUAAUCAGCUCUGCAGCACCUCACUCGGUCUCAAGUCCGUCAGAAACGUCAAGACCUCUACCAAGACAGUCAACAUCAACUUGACUGCCUACAAAAAGGGGACUGACACUGUCACCGUUACCAGUACUGAUACAUCCACAAGCACGGUAUCGGAGUCAGCGACAAUCACAAACACAGCCUUCUCUACCGUCUUCGUCACCGAGACACCUACCUCGACCAUCCCUACGUCCGCGGGCUUCGUGCCCGUUGCCUCCGAUGUGACAUACGUUCCAAAGCGCGAUAUGACUGGUCGUUUUGCUGUAGAGAAGCGUGGCAAAUUUCCGCAGCAAAUCACCUGUGGCAAGGGCAAGCCGCCCAGCUACCAUCCUGCUGUCUACCCUCAGUCUGUGACUUGUCGCAAAGUCAUCAAGACCAUUACUACCAAGACUGUCACUCUCAAUUACUGUAUACGCAAACAUAUAAGAACCACCUAUCUUCCACGCAAGACUUCUACUAGAUAUGCUACUAUUACUACGACUACUACACGUGUUGUGGGCCAGCCUGCUGAGACUAUUACGGUUUCUGCGACGGAGACUGCAACUGAGACCACGACCACCACCUCAACGCGGACAGAUAGCACUACCCUCACUGAAACCCAAACCUCGGUCGCUCCCACCGCCACAGUCUAUGCUGCCUGCGCAAGCAAUAACAUCAUUGGGGCAGCGAAUGGCAACCGCGGUAUCAACGCUAUCAUCGUGAAUGAUCAGGGUUCAAACAACCAAGUGAUCAAUGUAGGUGCCAGAAGUGCUUACGAUUGCUGCGUGGCUUGCCAAACAACUACAAAUUGCAUCGGAGCCGUCUCAUCCAGUAGCUGCAUCCUUAUCAUCGCGCCAACUUGUAGCCCCGGAUCAACGUUUUCGACUGGUUAUCAGACUAACCCAUCUCGCGAUCCUGGUAGUGGCUUCAUUGUCAGUAACGGUUUUUGUGGCCGUAUUCCCAAUGCGGGUGUAUGA